GAUCCUACUGAAAAAAACUAUUAUGAAAAUAAAAAAAUGUGAAAAAUGUCAAAAUGAAUGUUUUAAUUUGAAAACUUGUGAAUUUUGUAUUAAAAAAUAUUUGGAAGAUAGAUUUUUAAAAUGGAGUUCCAAUAAUAAAGAAAUUGAUGAAUGGAUUCAAAAUUUUCAAAAAAAUUUUCUUAAACCAGACUUUAUUGUGGAAUGGAUACCUUAUAAUAAUUUACAAGAUAUUCAAUAUGUAACUCAAGGAAGUUUUAAUAAAGUAAAAGCAAUAUGGACGGAAGGAAAAUAUGAAAAAUGGGAUUAUGAACGACAAGAGUUAAAAAGAUUUGGACCACAAGUUGUAACUAUUAAAUAUAUAAACAUGAAUAAAGAACAAUGGCUUCAAGAGAUUAAAACGCAUUUAUUAUUAUCAUCAACUAAUUCGCCUGUUAUACGUAGUUAUGGAUUAACAAAAGAUUAUGGUAAUAACAAUUAUAUGAUUAUUACGGAAAUUAUGCCAUAUAAUUUUAAAAAUUAUUUGCAAGAUAACAUGAAUUCACUUAAUUGGGUUCAAAAAUUUAAAAUACUUCUUGAUAUAGCGGAAUCAUUAGGAAGUGUACAUAAUAAUAAAUUAAUCCAUGGAGAUUUACAUUCAGAGAUCAUAGGUUAUUCCACUAGUCGUGAAAUUUGGUUGAUUGGAGAUCUUAGAUUUUGUCGACCAAUUGACAAUCCAUUAAAUAAAAAUUUUGGAACCAUGCCAUAUGUUUCUCCAGAAAUGUUAAAACAAGAACGAAUGACCACAAGUUCAGAUAUUUAUAGUUUUGCAAUGAUCAUAUGGGAACUAUCAACAGGUGUUCAACCAUUUGAAGAUAAACGAUCAGAAUUAUCAGCAGAAAUUAUAAAUGGAUUGAGGCCCAAUAUUAUGAAAGGAACUCCAAAAUCUUAUUCAAGAUUAAUGGAAAAAUGUUGGGACGAUGAUCCGUCAAAACGACCGGAUAUAUUAAUUAUACAAAAUGAAAUUAAAAAUAUUUUAAAUAAUUAUUUUAAAAAUAAUAUGUCACAAGAAGAACAAGCAGAAAUGAAAUCAAUAAAUUAUCUUAAAAGGAAUUAACAUUAGGUCAGGUGAUAGAAUCAGAAAUCUCGGUUAUUUUUUAGUUAGUUAAAAACCAAAAUUUCCAAAAUUAUUCUUUCUUUUGUUUUUUUUUCAUUUUUUUCACCAAGGUUGACUAGAGUAUGGCUAUAUUGAUUGGUAACAUGGCUGUUUUAACUAGGAUAUAAUAAAGCAUCAUAUGCAAUAAAUGCAAUAAAUUAUUAAAUUUUCGGUCGUAUUAUUAUAAUCACGUGUUUGAUCUCCUCACGAAUUUUAUUUAUAAAUCUUUUUACAAAA